ACGUCUUACGGCGUGACAUCACAGGAUUAUAUUUUUAAGUUGUUGUUAUUGUUCGAAUCGCCUUCACAACACAUUUUAAAAAAUACACUGACUGACUAUUUGCAUUCCGUCCCGAAAAGCUUCUCGUCUUUUUUUUUUUUACAAAAACUAUUAUUUGAAUGUCCUUUUCUCUGAUACCAAAGACAUUUGAAGCCCAGCGCGUGAAGACGCCAAUUGUUGUGGAGAUGGACAGCGCGAGCGCAGAGUGUGAGCACAAAGGAUCUGAGUACUUGAUGGAGGAGAUCAAGUCAAGGUACUCAGUAGGAAAGCUGCUCGGUGAAGGAGGUGAAGGUGGUGUAUAUGCUGGGGUUCGUCUGUCAGAUGGCACUGAGGUUGCCAUAAAAGUUUCCCAGGUGGACCCUGACUUGGGAAUGAUAACCAUCCCUGGAGAGACCACUCCCAUUCCCAUUGAGGUGGGACUGAUGAAGAUGGUCUCCCAGCCAGUCCGUUGCCUGAAUAUCCUGGGGCUGCUGGAAUGGUUUGUGGUCCAGAACUACCUGGUGCUUAUCUUAGAAAAUCCAAGCCCCUGCAUGGACCUCAUGGACUUUUGUGACCUCCAUGGAGGUAAGCUCCCUGAACCCCUGGCGAGGGACAUCAUGGUCCAGGUGGUUCAGGCAGCUUGUCAUUGUUGUGCCAGAGGAGUGUUCCACAAUGACAUCAAACUAGAGAACAUCCUCGUCAACACCGAGACGCUUCAGGUGAAGCUUAUUGAUUUUGGAGUUGGCGACCUGCUGAAGGCAACACCCUAUACCUACUGCCCAGGCAGUGAACAGUACUUCCCACCAGAGUGGUACAGAGAAAAACGUUACAUGGGUCGUCCUACCACCAUCUGGACACUGGGCAUCCUCUUAUAUCAGAUGCUCUGCGGGAAAUGGCCCUUUGAGACGCCGGAAGAAAUUAUUGCUGGCCACCUGCACUUUCCUCCUGACUUGUCUAAAGACUGCCAGAAGUUUAUAUUACGUUGUCUGGCACAAAACCCUAAGUCUCGACCAUCGUUCAAGCAACUGCUGAAGAACCGGUGGUUGAAGAGCGGCUCGAGGUCUACGCAGAGCAUUCCCAUCAUUAGGGGACCUGAGACGCUCACAGAAAAAAGGACACCACAAGCGCUCCAAAAUGAAUUUGCUUUUUUGGACCAUUUCUCCUUAUUUUCUCCUUCUCCUUUAUUCUAUAAAUCUCUGUAUGUAUCUUUGUUGGUUUUUAUGAUUUAUGCCACACUGAUCUUGUUGUGACAGUAAAAUGUGUAUUGCUUGUUAGAUUAAAAAAUCAUUCUACACACCGAACAGUAUUUUAUAUUGCUUAUAUUGUAUAGAUAUCUAUGGUGGUAUUCGGUUUACCUUCCAUGCUGUCUGCAUUCAGUCUGCUUAUUUAUUUAUUUAUUUAUUUAUUUAUUUAU